AUGUUGAAGUUCUUCAGUGCCCGGGACGAUGAGAAUGAAAGCCUCUUGGGUGCAUUGACAGACGAUGAAUCAGAUGCUCCGUCUCUGAUAGAUGCUAAGCACCACUGGCUCCACAGACCCUGUAUGCUGAUGCUCGAAGAUGGUGAUGUCACAAAGUCAGGACAGCUGGGCUGUGGUCACAUCGGAUCAGAGUCCCCUGCAAAAUCCAAAGUCCAUUCAAAGGGGGUCCUGAGCCCGGGGGCGACAAAAGAGGGUCCCAUUUCCCAACUAGAGACCCCCGCUCAGAGGCUGAUGAGACAGCUGGAGGAGGGGAACUGCACUGUGACAACUCUCUCCACAUGGGGAGAGAGGCAUUUCGGGAAGGCCUCCACCCCUUUGAUGCUCAUACCCUCCAAAGCGGCUGUGCCAGAGGUGGAGAUGAAGGAGGAGAAGAUGAGGCCUCAGCUGCCCUCCUACAAGGAGGACUCUGUGGUUGAGGAGAAGGAGCUGGAAGAGAGUGAACGUAAGCUGCAGGACUCACCCAGUGGCUCAGAUGGCAUAAGUCCUGACCUGGACGACACGUCUGAUCGUCCUGUGGAGGAGCUCUAUGAAGGCAGCCAUACCCAGGGGCCCAGACUGGGGCUUCAGAACCAGACCAAAGCCAAUGGGCUAACUAUUGAUGAGACUAAUGCCAACAGAGCACAGGCAGACAGUGAAGAGGGAGCUGUGGGGGACUGCAGUCCUUCCCCUAUGUCUCCGUCAGUGGAUCCAGACAAUGAGCUACAGGCCGGCCCCGCGGGCAUUCUGUCCAGGGAGCGAGGCACUACCCUGGGGGAGGUGGCCCCCGUGUGGGUCCCUGACGCCCAUACGCUGGUCUGUAUGAUGUGUGAAGUCAGGUUCACCUUCACAAAGAGAAGGCACCACUGCCGCGCCUGUGGCAAGGUAUUCUGUUCAUUGUGCUCCGGUCUGAAGUUCCGACUAACACACCUGGAUGGGAAGGAGGGGCGUGUCUGUGUCUCCUGUCACUCAACUCUAGUGAAAAGAACCCCUCCCAGGGGGAGAAGGAGGGUGUGGUUUGCUGAUGAAAUCCUAUCCAAUGAGAAAUCAGACUCUGCUCCUUGUACACCAAUCAGAGGCCCCACCUUCUCACCACCAAUGUCUGUCUUGUAUGGAUUAAUAAAGUAUUCUUCUCCCCUCUCCGUAUAGCCUCUGCAGGAGGUGUGUGGGCCCUGUGGCUGGGGUACAGCAACCCUGGUCAGUAGCCACAUCAGUAGCUCUGCCAACCUCAUCCCACUGGAUGGCCUCCCUCCCAUCCUCACCUCUACUGGAGUCAAAGGAGACUACACAGUGGAGGAAAGGCCCUCUGAGAGGGUUCUCAUCCAGGACCUGGAGAGCGGCAGGCCCAACUCCCUGGUCUUUGUCCUCAACGCCAACCUACUGGCCAUGGUCAAGCUAGUCAACUAUGUAAACAGGAAGUGCUGGUGUGUGACGUCGAAGGGCAUGCACGCGGUAGGCCAGGUGGAAGUGGUGGUGCUGCUGCAAUGUCUGCCCGAAGAGAAGAGCUUCCCCAAAGACAUCUUUAGCCACUUUAUACAGCUCUACAGGGACGCCCUCACAGGCAAGGUACUGAGCCACCUGGGUCUCUCCCAGUUCUCCAGUAGUUUCCUGGGCUGUGAGGAGCAUGCAGGGUUCCUCUGGGUGCGCUCCACUCUCCAGUCCCUGCAGGGUCUCCCUAUGCCCAACCAGCCCUUUCUCUUUGGCCUGCUGAUCCACCGGGCUGAGGUGCCCUGGGCCAAGGCUUUCCCCCUGCGCCUCAUGCUCAGAUUGGGGGCUGAGUACAGAUUUUACCCCUGUCCUCUGUACAGCGUGCGCUUCAGGAAGGCUCUGUUUGGGGAAACCGGCCACACCAUCAUGAGACUACUAGUAGACUUCAGGAAUUACCGGUACACUCUGCCAGUGGUGCCUGGACUCACUGUAGAUCUGGAAGCUCAGAGGACCUGCAUUAAAAUCCCUACCAACGGCUAUGAUGAGCUGAUGAAGGCUUUGAAUAAGUCCAAUGAGCAUGUGCUGGCCAUGGGGGCAUGCUUCAACGUGGCGGCAGACUCCCACCUCAUCUGUGUUCAGGGGGACAAUGGCGAAUACCAGACCCAGGCCAUCAGCAUCCACAAUCACCCUCGCAAAGUUACUGGUUCCUGCUUUUUUUUGUUCAGUGGAGCCCUUAAAGCAGCAUCAGGAUAUCUGGCCAAAUCCAGCAUCGUUGAAGAUGGGCUGAUGGUGCAGAUCACCGUGGAGACCAUGGUGGAGCUUCGCCGGUCGCUACGGGAGAUGAAAGACUACAACAUCUCCUGUGGGCGGAUCGACCAAUCAGACAGCCAAGAGCAUGUCCAGGUCCAAUGGCAAGAGAAAGAAUGCACUGUAAACAAGGGGGUUAUUAGCCCCAUUGAUGGCAAGUCCAUGGAGUCCAUCAGCAGUAUCAAGAUGUUCCAGAAGUCUGAGUACAAGGCCAAUGGAAAGGUCAUCCGCUGGACAGAGGUGUUCUCCUUACAGAAGGGGGGUCAUCAUAAGAGCCAGGGUGACCACCAUACAGAACACAGCAGGCUCACAGAGAGACUGGCCCGGGCAUUCUGCCUGGCACUGGGCCCACACCUCAAGUUGCUGAAGGAGGAUGGUAUGGCUAAGCUGGGGCUGCGCGUCACGUUGGACUCCCACCAGGUGGGGUUUGUGGCCGGCAGUAACGGCCUGCCCCUCCCAGCCCCGUACCUCAACGCCCUGGAAACCGUGCUGAUCCCCAUCAUCCACAGCAGGGGGCGCAAGAGGAGCGAAGAACCCUUAGUCAUGGAGCUCAUUUUCUAUAUCCUGGAGAACAUUUCCUAG